CUUAUUUGUCAAAAUGAUCGUAUUUUUGGACUAGAAGCUCCCAAAGUAAUCCUGGGAAGUGUUGAUUUAGUGUUUGAACAAAACUAAAGUUGUUUUAACAAGCUUUAUCAAGACAGACAAGCCCAAAGACAAAGGCAUACGGCUUCGGACCAGUCGUGGUAUAAAUAUACACUGCAUAGACAAGACAAGAUUGCCGAAGGUAUUAAAUCAAGGAUUCAAGUCUUCAUUUCCGCACAUCUGUUUGUUAUAUUUCUGGCGAAUCUUUGCCGCUUUCAAAAUUUGAGAGUACAACUUCGUGCAAUGACAUGGCUUCUGUCGAUCUGCAAGAAAACGCAAAUUUUACAAGGCUCAGUAGACUUUUAGUUGACAAAGGAACUGAGGCUUUGAGAAAUACAUUUGAUACCCUCCAUCCACCUGUUAGUCUACCCGGAGUUCUGGCUAAAAACAAAAGAUCUCUUCAAAGGUUAAAACCUCGAGUUAUUAAUAAUUCCCAGUGGGAUUUACUGUUUCCUUCGUCUGGCAACCCACCAGAUUCCAAAACUUUUGAUGUCACAUUACUUACAGUUCUAUUCCGGAACAUUUGUGGUUUUCCAUCAACAGGAUGGGGUGUAAUGCCUCCGAAUACUGAUAGAUCAACGCAGGCGAAUAUCACAAGAAUCAAGUGUUACAGAAAUGAAGUUAUUGCGCAUGUAACAACAACUCGAGUUGAGAAUUCAACAUUUCAAUCUUUAUGGAGGAAAAUUUCGCAGGCGAUAGUAGGAUUGGGUGUAUCACAGGGUGAUGUCGACGAUUUAGAAAAAUGUCCUCUUGGGCCUGAAGAAGAAGUGUAUGUGCAAAAGCUUAAAGAUUGGAAAAUGCACGAAGAUGAGUGUAUUAAAUUGCUUAAAGUAAUUGAAGCUGGUGUAAAUAAUGUAACACAAGUCACUGAAGAGACGCGCGAUGCAGUAAAUGAAACGCGCGAUGCAGUAAAUGAAACGCGCGAUGCAGUAUAUGAAAUGCGCCAUUCAUUGGCCAAGCGUACGCUGUCAAUACCCGGGGACACCAAUCCUGAAACAAAAUCCUGCAUGGAAAGUGAUGAAGAUUUAUUGCGAAAACUCGCUAAGCAUAAAUUUAACGGUAAAAUUAAAGGAAAAGUGAAUUUUUUCCUUCCUGGUACAAGAGAGUGGUUGUUAAAGGAAAUUAACGAGUGGUUUCAAAAGUGUGACAGCGAUUCAAGAAUAAAGUUAAUAACAGCUGGACCAGGAUUUGGUAAAAGCGUGUUUGCCGCUAAAAUCUGUGAAGAUUUUGGGAAGAAUGGAAAGCUGGCUGUUUGUCACUUUUGUGAUUUCAGUGAUUCAAACUUAAGAGAUCCUAUGGUGAUGCUGCAGUCUCUCGCAAGUCAGAUGUGUAAGAGCGUCCCUGGGUUUAAGAAUGAGCUCCUUGAUCAGUUAAAGCGACCUCAUCAAGUCCAAAGCCUCAAAGAUGCCUUCCAAAUAUAUUUGCAAAAUCCCUUAGAUGAAUUGGAAAUAAAAGAGCCACGUUUAAUCGUGAUCGAUGGCUUGGAUGAAAGUGCUGCAGAUAACAAGAAUGAAAUUACGCAUUUGACUGCUGAAUAUUUUCCUGAGCUUCCCGAGUACAUCAAAAUCUUGGGGACGAGCAGGCCAGAGAUUUCCGUUGCUGAUCUAAGAAUAAGAGGCGAUCAAAAGACAGACAUUUCUAAUGUUCAUUACAACAAUAACUCAGAUCUGGAACUUUAUUUUAAAGAAUGUUUUCCAAGUUUAGUCGGCAGGGAAGUGGAUGGAAGUCAGAUGAGCGAUGAUUUCUACGAGGAUCAUCCAUAUCUUUACCGUUUUUGGCGAAAUAAAACUAUUAAUUUACUUUCCAUUUUUGUUGCCAAAUGCCAGGGCUCAUUUCUCUAUGCAUAUCACUUUCAAUCUGGGCUAAGGGCUCGCUGUGAUCUUGAGAAGAUAACAAAUAAUGACGUCAUGGAGUUUCUCCCAGAAGGUCUGCAUUCUGUUUACGAACGAUAUUUUAAACGCCUUGAAGACGAGCUUAACGACAUAAAACACGAAAAGUUCGAUGUCUUGAAUAUUUUGGCAAUGCUGGUUGCUUCCGAAGAAGAUCUUCCCCUCGCUUUCGUCGCUCAGGCAUUUGGUUUAGCUGCAGCUUGUCGCGAAACGAAAGACAUCAUCAACAAAAUUAAUGAAACCGUAUCGUGCUUGUUGUACGUUUCAGAUGACAGGUUAACCGUUUUUCACAAAUCCUUUAUUGAUUGGCUUCUAGCAAAGGGCUACAAAGAUCACCAGUAUACUGUCAAGGUCGAUGAUGGACAUAGAUCGCUUUGGCUUUUAUGCGAAAAGGUUUUUAAAGAAAUUGUGGAAAAUGUUCGCUCAGGAGUUGAAGUGAAGUUUAGUAAUGAUGUGGAAUACGCUCUGAAACAUGGUUUAAAACAUGUAGAAAAGUGUGAAAUGGAGGAAGGUGUGUUUUGGUCAGUUGAUGUUAUUAUCGUAUGUUAUAUGUUAAGUGUAAUCGGUUCGAGUGAAUUGCUGCGUUUCUGGCUCACAUUGCUGCAAUGUUCCUGGAUUAAAAACGAAGAGUUACGCGCCCGCAUUUCGUAUCAUGUCAUUGAAUUUGAGUUUUUUGAACAUGCCCUGGCACGCCGGCGGGGAUAUUAUAACGAUGUAAGUGAAGUUCAUUCGACAGUAUAUUCACAAUGGUAUUUACAAGCGGUUCGUACCCGUUCUCCAGAAGGUUAUUUCAGCGAUGAUGAGAAGAAAAUCGCGGAGACGCUACUAUCAAACCUUUCACCUUUUGUCGAGUCGAAUUCUUACGAAGUUUCGGUUUUGCCGCGAGCAGUCUGGAAACCCAGUGACUUUGAUAAUAUAACAGCUGUUGCUUUAUCUAACGAUGAAAAAAGUGUGGCAGUUGGAAUAGAUAAUUUUAUCCAUGUGAUAUCCCUACCAACUUUAGUUGAAAUUAUGAAUUAUUCAACAAAAUUGAAAAGAAUUCGAUGCUGCACAUUUUUUCCAGACGAUUCGCGCAUAUUAUUUGGUAAACUGGAAACGGCGUUUAACAUUGCUGGAAGAAAGGAAGAUCCAUUUUUCCCUGGAAAUGAAGAGACGUUCCUGUCCUGUGCAUUUUCCCCUAACGGCAAAAGACUGGUUACUAGCGUUGGUUCAAACACCGUUAAAGUUUGGGACGUUGCUAAACAAACGCUGCUGUCGUCGCAUUGUGCUGGAUUUCGUGUUGGUUGGUGCUCUUUUAGCGUCACAGGGCUAUUUAUUAUUGCAAAUUCAGAAUCUUCAUCUUAUCCGGGUUAUUCGUUCUGUGUUUGGAACGCUAUCACAUUGCAAAGAAGUGAUAGGCGAAAAUUAUCUGACGGGGGACGGGAGAAACCAGUUGUGUUAAAGAGUAGGAAAUGUGAACGAUGUUUUCAGCGGGGAUUUGAGGAACCAAAUUCUAAACACUUAGAAAUAAGGAAAUGUCGGAAAAACUUUAGAAUGUCGUUUCCGUGGAUCUGCAAAGGUGUGGAGUGUAUUUUUUCUUCGGAAAAAUAUUGUUAUUUGAGUGACACAGAAAGUAUUCCUUUAACUGCGAUUGUUGCUUGGAACUAUCUUGUUGCCACUCCUCGAAAGGUUUUCAUUGAUCGAUACAAAAUGACUGCUUUAGAAGAUAAUCUGUGGCUCUAUUCAGAUGUUGAAAAACUAAUUGUCUUUAAGACAUUAGUUCCUAAACAAGAGCAAUCAUGUCUGUCACAGCCAACGGUCGUUUAUUCCAGUUCGUUUUCUCCUGACGGCUCUCGACUUGCAUCCUGCAACUCAGAUGGAUGUAUCAACGUAUGGAAUGUCUAUACCAGCAAGUUGAACAACGUUUCAAAAGCAGUCAAUGCGGGUCAAGGUUUUUAUGCUGGUGGUCGGAAGAUUUCCUGUUUGUGA